UCUCCUCCCACCAAAUCCGUACCCCUCCACAAUUCUAAAUUCCAAAACCAAACCAUCCUUUGAUCGCACCAAAAGGCAUCAUAGAGCUCUCUCUCUUCUCCCACAUCUCCAUGCAUCCAUAAUCAAUGAAGGGAGAGUGCUGUGUUAGAAUGGGUCGCUAACACACAGAGAGAGAGAUAGAAAGAGAGAGGGGUCAUCAUGAGUUCCUAAAUAGAACACAACACAAAAAACACCAUAAUCGACCUGGAUCAUAAACCAACAAGAAAUGGAGAUGCAGAGAAUGAAAGAGUUGUUAUCACUUUUAUUGUCAACAUUGGAAAGUGACCGAGUUUCCCUAGUGGGUGGAAAUCACACCGCAGCCAGAUUUUGCACCCGAUAAAAGCUUCAUUUUUUUCUUUCACUCUCUGAUCCUUCAUCAGAACCUCUCUUUUUCUUCAUCUGCAUACAUAUUAUUAUAAUUUUCUCUUUUUUUGAGUUUUUUUCUCACGCCUUAAUUUCUCAUUCAUCUUCUCCCACAUUUCUAGCCAUAUUAUAAAAAAACACCUUUCUUCAUCACACCAUGGCGGUUGAUCUAGCAGCUGCUAUCUUCAGAGCAAAAAGUUAUUAUUACAACAAGAAAAACAAGACCUUGUCACCAAUUAGUCCACGCCCAGAAGCCUAUUAUCUCAUCAUCAGGUUCCCCAGUUCCCAAACAUGGAAGAUCUUUUUUCGUUUGGUUCUUUUGGCAUUGGCGGUGGCUUCUUUUCCAUUGAUGGUUUCAAAAGCCUCUAGUGUUUCAACCUCUCACCUAGAAGAAGCCAUGACAGAAUCUUCUUCCGAUGGUUCUGAACCUUCUUCCACCAACGUGGACCAGAUCUUAACCCUUCUCUUCCGCGACCUUGCCAACGAAGGCCUCAUGAAGAAAACAGAGCAACACAGAGCUGUUUUUCUGAGCAAUGCAAAAGAAGGAGAAAAAGGGUUUCAUCAGGUUCUCACAGAUUACAACAUGGAACAUAUUCCCUUGAACGACUUGGAGAAACAGAGCACCUUGCUAGACCGCACGGUUGAUUUUGUCUUCACGUAUAACUUCCCUGCAUCGUUGAAAUUCAUCGACAGGGCCCUGAAAACCGGCGGCGUUGCCACCGUGAUUCUUCCAAAAGACGACCCUUCAACUGCGUUUUACAAGCCUUCAAAUUACAGAGUCAUGUACAUGAGGAGGUUCAAUGUGGUGGCAAUGGCAAUGAAGAAAACAGAGCCAAACACUGAAAUGAAAGUCGGAGGGCAGAGGAAGCUAUUCGGGUAUGCAUCAGAGGCUAAAAAAGCUGCACUGCAGAACCUGGAAGACGUGCUUCUCGAGCCGCCACGUGCGGCUUCAGGGAAAUCAAGGGUGUAUUUGAAGAGGACAAGGUAUUUGCCUGAUUUGAUGGGUGACUCGCUGGAGAGCUACCCUCGUCGCGUUUUCAUCGACGUGGGAUUGCCUGAGAAAGAUGGAGGGAGCGGAACUGACUGGUUUCCGAAGAACUACCCAACAAGGAACAAGAACUUUGAGAUGUACAAGAUUGAGACGGUGAAUGAAGGGUCCUCUGCCCCGCAAACAGAGAUGUCAGAGUGGUUGAGGAAGAAUGUGAAGGAGGAAGAGUAUGUGGUAAUGAAAGCUGAGGCUGAAGUGGUGGAGGAGAUGAUGAGGAGCAAGGCUAUACUACUGGUGGAUGAGCUUUUCUUGGAGUGCAAGCCGCAUGGGUUGAAGCAGGAGAAGAGGAGGAGUAGAAGGGCUUAUUGGGAGUGCUUGGCUCUGUAUGGGAAGUUGAGAGAUGAAGGUGUGGCAGUUCAUCAGUGGUGGGGUUGAUUUGAUUGCAAUUGAUUGGUUUGGUUUAGGUCAAAGAUGAUGAUAGAGCAAUUGUUGCAUGAUCAUAAGCACAACUUAUCAAAAGUUCACAACAUUUCACAGUAAUAAAUUAUAUAAAAAAAAGUUUAUCAAAUUGUUUUGAUUUGCUUCAUUUAUUUUCAGCUUUUCAUUAGUUUUAGAGAUUGUGAUCGUGGAAGGAUUACUCAGUAGGAAGAGUUGUGUUGAAUUGGUAUAGAUUGAGACAAUAACUUGUUGAGUUUCAGGCUUCACAGAGAUCGAGAGUGCAGAGUGGCCCUUGAGCCAAGGAGUUUUCUCUGCUGUCGUUCUUCUAUUCUUUUCUUUUGUGGCUUGGGUUUUAACAGUUUAAUUCUUUGUCUAUUUUGUGGAUGUUUUUGGACUACAAGAAUAAUGACCAUUUUGAUGAUUCAAA